GUAGUGGUGGUGGGAGUGGUCACCAUCUGAGACUACUGAAAGUUGUGGCAGAAAUUGGUGGCAAUGAAGACAGCAAAAAUAUUUGAUCUGAUGUAAAUAAAUAGGGUGAAACUUUGAGACGAGGUUAAUUCAUAUGCUCAAAAACCUCUCACAGCUACUUGCUCGCGGCGGCUUCUUCCUCACCGGCCGGUGAGAUCAUCAGACAAGUCGAACCCAACUUCCAAGUUCCAACUCAUUUAGAGGUUGUGAAGGACAUGAGCCAUGCUUGUUAUCACACAGUUUGCAAGGCUUUGAAUUUUGGAGUGAAACCGCUGCAAAGAUCAUCACGUUUUCAUUUUAAUUGUCCGCAAAAGGGUUUUGUGAGGCGGAUUCAAAUGGCAGAUAAUAGUCAUGACUAUAGCAUAAAGGGUGGCAAAGAGGAAUCAAGAGGUGCGUUGGUUGUUUUUGAAGGCUUGGAUCGUUGCGGGAAGACUACACAGUCUACUAGACUAGUUAAGCAUUUGGAGAGUUUAGGGUAUUCAGCUGAAUUAUGGAGGUAUCCUGACAGGACUACAAGCGUUGGGCAAAUGAUAUCUUCUUAUCUUUCAAACAAAUCGCAACUGGAUGAUCGUACCAUCCAUCUUCUCUUUAGUGCUAACCGGUGGGAGAAAAGAUCAUUGAUGGAAAGUAAAUUGAAAAGUGGGACCACCCUCGUCGUUGACAGGUAUUCUUACUCUGGGGUGGCUUUCUCAUCUGCCAAAGGACUGGAUAUUGAAUGGUGUAAGUCCCCUGAGAUUGGACUGUUGGCCCCGGAUGUUGUCCUGUAUCUUGACAUACCACCUGAGAAAGCUGCAGAAAGAGGGGGCUAUGGAGUUGAGAGAUAUGAGCAGCUUGAAUUUCAGAAGAAAGUUGACCAAAGAUAUAAGGAACUCUGCAGUUCCAAUUGGAAGAUCAUAGAUGCGUGUUCAACCAUGGAGGAUGUUGAGAAACAGUUGCAAGAGAUAGUAUUGGGUUGUGUAAAGACAUGCCAAGAAGGAAAAUCCCUCUCAUGUCUCUGGUCUUGCUGAUUUUCUUUCUUCGUAAUGGGUGGCAUGAUGGUGGUCUUCAUAAUGAGAUGAUACAGUUAAUGCGUGAUUGCUAAUUUGCUACUUUUGUUCACGCAGCAAUGCGUGAGGACUCGGUGGAUUUUUCAGUCAGGUGGGUGACAUGAUUGUAUUCCAAGUGCGUCCAGUUUUAGAAUCAUAAAAAUUAGCACCCCAUUAAUCUCUGCAUUAUGAAUUAGAUCAUUCAUUUUUAUA